UUAAUUGCAUAGCCACAUGGAACGCUUACAGAAAGCAGUGUGUCUAUCAGUGUAGCAACUAGCAAGAGAGUGAACAUGAUGAAAAUAAGACUUAUUCUUCUCCUAUGGACUGUGCUUUCCUUCUCUGGAAAUAGUGCACUAGCACAGACAGCUCCUACUGCUGUCCUCAACCCAGCAGAAGGUGUCAAUGCAAGUCUAGGAUCCACUGUUACCUUCACUUGCAUCAUUGAUGGCACAGAUGAUGUUCUGUGGAUAGUAGACGGAAACUCAGAUCCCACAGUACAACGUGAGAUGGGGAUAACUCAAAACAGAACAGUCGGACAACCUGACGAAACUUUUAUCUCUCGCAUUCAUGUUUCAUCCACGAUGGAGAAUAAUGGUAUUGAGAUUGUAUGCCGUGCAAUAGGGACCUUAUCGAAUGGACAAAGUGAAACAGUCACUCUAUUUGUCCAAGGACUGCUGAGCUCUCCAACAGCGCUUGGUAUUUCCGACUCAGAGGGACCUACUCGGAGAUUGAGCUGGACACCACCACCAACACUAGACCUCACCGAUGUCCAUCCAGACAUUAGCCACUACAAUGUAUGCUCUUCAAUCUUGAAUGAGGUGUCUUGCAGAAAUGUCGAAGGAACAGAGUUAUCAUUUUUAAACAUCAGAAUGGGGAUUGAGUUUUCUGUUUUCGCAGUUAAUGUGGUUGGUGAAGGCAAUGCUAGCACUAUCAAUCAUGAGCCUUGUGACUCUACAACAGCACCUACUCAAGUUGAUGGAGAUCUUGUUACAAGUGAUAUCUCUCUGCAAUCUAGUGGGACUACUCCCUCUGUUACUUUCUCUUUUGGAAAAGGAGGUGGAGAUGCCAAUUGUUUUAACCUGUAUCGGAUUGAAGCAUCGCCGUCCAAUCAAGGCACUCCCCUAAUCCAGGGACCAAUGUUCCCAACAGUGAGUGGAGGGGAGGACAAUUCUGUUAGUGUGACUUCUGGCCUUGUGAGAAACACGGUCUACAGCGUCAGCAUUGUAUCAGUGAACGUCAAUGGAGAGAACCCCUCAAAGGGAGACAUACAAUUCAGUACCUAUGAUGUCCAGUCUAUUCAGAGUUCUACUCGCCCUGGGGCAAUAGCCGUCACAUGCAGUUUCACAAUUGGCUCAGUAGCAAGUAGUUGUAUUGUGAGGAUAUGUGAAGUUGUCAACGGAAACAUAUCGACGAUGUGCCAAGAUCUCCCUGUUCCGAGAAAUCCUUCCGCUUCUGAAACAACUCGAGAGCUUAAUAAUCUACAGCCAGGUGUCUAUGCGAUUGUAGGUGUCACAGUGAAUAGUGGUGGAGAAAUGAUUCCUUUCACUAGUGGAGACAUGACAUUCCUUCAACUUCAGAACAUGGAAGUUAUCGUAGGACCACCAACCACCCCCACAAUGGUCAUUGAUUUCACAGUUGGUCCCACUGGCCAAGUAAAUCCCGAAUCCAAUACUGGUGUCAUUGCAGGCAGUGUGAUCGGAGCUAUUGCAGUGAUCAUAAUUGUGCUCAUCGUGAUUGUGGUUGUGUUAAUUGUCCUUCAACGUCAAUCGGACUCGGGCAACAAAACAGAGGCUGUCAGUCUCACGACAACAGAGAUGUGGUUGGAGGACAGUACGGACAGUGGUACUGGUACUCGGAGACUAACUCAGUCGGGAAAAGAUUCACUCCCACUUGAAAUGUCUGCCAUAGAGAAUACUACCUCAAGUCCGUUGUCAGAAAUGGCUGUCAUACAAGGCAAAAAUGGUUGCCAUGUGGAGAUUGAUCUCUCUGAUAGCAACAUACUUGAAGAACUACAGUUGGACUCGGUGGAACUAACAGAGGACUACCCUCCUCCGGCCUACGAGGUUCUGAGUGCGUCACAGCCGGACGUCCUCCUGCGUGGAGCACCAGUGGUUGGCUUGGUAACUGACAGUGGGACUCGUGGCAGACUCUCGGCUGAUGACAUACAUGAAGUCAAGCUAACGUCAUCUCUGGACGAUCUAUCCAAGGGCCCCCGGCACAUGAGGACUCCUAGCAACGAUUUUAUCUACUCACAAUCCAUCGAAUCUAUCAACUCACAAGGACAGUAUGCAGAGAUCGAUCAUCGCGUUGGCAAGAAACCCAAGAAGACGCCUAAAGACAACGAUCUUGUUCUGUACAGUGAGAUCAAGGUGGAUGAGCUCCGACCUGUUGUGCCUCAGAAGAGAAGACACAAGCCAGUCCAGUCCACUGAUUCUCUACCAGAUGAGCUACAUAUGGAAAGCUUUCAUGUCUAAAGUGGCUUAUCUGAUGUUUUACAUGUAAGAACUGUAUAGCGAGAGUACGUUUCAUCCAGUAUAAUUAUUGGAUACCAUUUCAAUUCAGCCACACAUAAUUUUUGUACAUUACCAAUAAUUAUAUCAGCAUGCAUUUCUGACUGUGAACGAUGUUGUCGUGUUUAUGUCACACAAACAAUUUGACGGUUAUAAUUAUAAUUAUGAGUCA